UACUGUAGCCUUGACUGCCCUAAUUGGCUCUGCAGCGACAAGUGGUGCGUUUGAAAACUAUAGAAAGUUCUCUCUUUUUCUAUUCCGUGUGACUUUACCUGGAACUUUUUUGAAACCGAGAUACAGAAGGGAAUACAUGACAACAGUGACAGUCAUGCACCGGCAGCCAGCCCUGUGGAGGCAGUGCCAUAGGACUGCUGGUAUUGGCAUCUGUCGUCUCCACACCAGCAGCAGCAGUGCCUCCUCCAAAGAGCAUUACAAGGUCCUAGUGCUGGGAGGAGGAACUGGUGGCAUCGCAAUGAGUGCUCGGAUGAAGAGGAAGCUAGGGGCGGAAAAUGUGGCCGUAGUGGAAACCAGUGAGAUGCAUUACUAUCAACCCAUCUGGACGUUGGUUGGAGCUGGGGUUAAAAGUGCGGCCUCCUCUGGUCGCCCUACGGCCAGUGUCAUACCUCCUGGAGUCAAGUGGGUGAAAUCGAAUGUACGGGAGAUCGACCCAGACACAAACACUGUGCGCACAGACAAUGGCAUGGAGAUCUCCUACCAGUAUCUGAUAGUGGCUCUAGGUCUACAACUACACUACGAGAAGAUCAAAGGCCUGCCUGAGAUCGAUGAUUGGGAGGAAUUUAAGAUUGGUUCAAACUACUCCGUACUAACUGUGGAGAAGACGUGGCGUGCCCUGCAGAACUUCAAGGAGGGAAAUGCUAUAUUCUCUUUCCCCAACACUCCGGUGAAGUGUGCAGGAGCACCACAGAAGAUCAUGUACCUGACCGAUGCUUAUCUCAGAAAGACAGGGAAAAGAGCAACUGCCAACGUCAUGUACAACACGUCACUGCCAGUGCUGUUUGGGAUCAAGAAAUAUGCAGAUGCAUUGUGGGAGAUAGUGAAGAAUCGCGACAUCCAGGUGAAUCUCAGACACAACCUCGUAGAGGUCCGGGCCAACAAGCAGGAGGCCGUGUUUGAAAACCUUGACAAUCCUGGAGAAACUGAAGUGUUUGAGUAUGAGAUGCUUCACGUCACUCCUCCAAUGGGACCCAACCCGGUGAUUAAAGGAUCCUCAUUGGCUGAUGAGGGUGGCUGGCUGGACGUCAACAAAGAGACCCUUCAACAUAACAAGUAUCCCAACGUGUUUGGGAUCGGAGACUGCACCAACCUGCCAACAGCCAAAACAGCUGCUGCGGUGGCUGCUCAGUCUAGUAUUCUGGACAGGACUAUUUCAAAAGUCUUGAAGAAUGAGAUGCCGGAUACGAAGUACGAUGGCUACACAUCCUGCCCUUUGGUGACGAGUUACAGUAAAGUAAUUCUCGCUGAGUUUGACUAUAGUGGUCAGCCAUUGGAGACAUUCCCCAUUGACCAGAGCAAGGAGAGAUGGACCAUGUACCACAUGAAAGCUGACGUGAUGCCUCAUCUGUACUGGCAUGGUCUUCUCAAGGGCUUCUGGGGCGGACCAGGACCAAUCAGGAAAAUCAUGCACCUUGGGAUGAAAUAGAAGUUAUAACCUGUUAAAAUAUGCUGUUCCAGACUGCUACACUGUAAUCUUUACAAUAAGCAUGAUCGUUUCAUAAUACAAUUUAAACAAGUCAUUGACAAUCAAUUGAAAUCUCAAAGUAAAUCGAUGACAAAAGUAAUAUUGCAGCAUUCCAUGACAUACUAUAUCGUUCAUUAUAAACUGGGUGGUUCGAGCUCUGAAUGCUGAUUGGCUGAAAGCCGUAGUAUAUCAGACCGUAUACAACAGGUAUGACAAAACAUGUAUUUUUAG